AUGGAACUUCCUUCUUCUCUUCUUCUACAUGAAAUAACCUCCCAAUCUCCUGAAAAUGAUCAAGUUCUUAGACUUACACAGCGUGUAUCUCAACUAGAAGAAAGAGUCUUUUUAUUAGAAAAAAGACUACAACAGACAUUAACUUAUCUCAUUUCUUCUAACACAAACAUACAACAAUCCCCUUCUCUACCACAUCCUCUUUUUGAAGAGAAGAAAAAGUCAUUAGAACAUGAGUUACAAACAAUUCUCAUUGAAAACCAAAAUUUAAGACAUCAAUACUCACAACUUAUUUCAUCAAAUCAAAUUCAACCUCUUUCUUCCUUAGUUAGUUUACAGAAUAGUACUAAUUCAAUUGAUAACAUUUCUAUCAUUAUCAAAGACUUUUCUAAUAAUACAUUAUCACCAACGGUAGUUAAACAAAUCCAACAAUUAGAUUCUCAACCUUCUUGUACAUCUAACUCAAGUAAUAAUACAAGUCUGUCAAAUACUUUUCUCAAUGAUUCAUCCAAAACUAUUCAAAAUUAUAUUACUACAAAUUAA